AGUGAGCGAGAGAAACAGGAGCAAAUCGAGGCACAGAAGGAGAAGCAGCGGGAGCUGAUCCUGCAGCUCAAGAUGCAGCUGGAUGACCUGGAGACGUUUGCCUACCAGGAAGGCAGCUACGAUUCCCUGCCACAGUCCGUGGUGAUGGAGAGACAGCGGAUGAUUAUAAAUGAGUUGAUAAAGAAGCUGGACAUGGACCUGAGUGAAGAUGUUGCAACGCUGUCUCCAGAGGAGCUGCGGCAGCGUGUGGAUGUGGCCAUAGCACAGAUCGUUAACCCAGCCAGGGUGAAGGAGCAGCUGGUGGAGCAGCUGAAGACGCAGAUAAGGGACCUCGAAAUGUUCAUCAGCUUCAUUCAGGAUGAAGUUGGAAGCUCUGGUAAGGCAGAAAAUGGUCACUGUGAAUGUGCAGGCAGAAAACACGGUGGUGGCUCCUGCAAAACGAACACACGGAUGUCUGGAAACAGAGUGAGCCCAGAAGAUGCCAGAAAAAUGCGAGAAACGGGCCUGCACCUCAUGCGCCGCAUGCUUGCUGUGCUGCAAAUAUUUGCCGUCAGCCAGUUUGGUUGUGCUACUGGCCAGAUUCCCCGCAGCCUCUGGCAGAAGGACCAGGCCAACAAGGACUAUUCCCCCUUGGUUAAGAAACUGGAGCUGUCGGUGGAGCGGGUGAGGCUGCUGGCUGUGAAACACCAGCACAACGACCACGUUGUCAGCUCCUCUGACCCGCAGGACGUCCCCUUGGGAGGCAGAGAUGAGCUGACGCUGGCUGUGCGGAAGGAGCUGACCAUUGCCCUGCGGGACCUGAUGGCGCACGGGCUCUACGCCUCCUCGCAGGGGAUGAGCCUGGUACUGGCACCCAUUGCGUGCCUGAUCCCUGCAUUCACCUCAUCCCCACAGACCAUGCACCCCUGGGAGCUCUUUGUGAAGUACUACAACACCAAGAAUGGACAAGCCUUUGUGGAAUCGCCGGCGCGCAAGCUGUCCCAGUCCUUUGCCUUGCCUGUUACGGGAGGGGUGGCCGUCACCCCCAAGCAGAGCCUGCUCACGGCCAUCCACACUGUGCUUACGGAGCACGACCCCUUCAAGCGCAGUGCGGACUCGGAGCUGAAGGCGCUGGUGUGCAUGGCGCUGAACGAGCAGCGCCUGGUCUCCUGGGUCAACCUCAUCUGCAAAUCUGGAGCCCUGGUGCAGUCCCACUACCAACCGUGGAGCUACAUGGCCAACACCGGCUUCGAGAGCGCGCUCAACGUUCUCAGCCGCCUGAGCAACUUGAAAUUCAACCUCCCUGUGGACCUGGCUGUCCGGCAGCUGAAAAACAUCAAAGAUGCUUUUUGAUGUAUUUUUAUUAUUGAUCAUCCAUUUUCCACAAGUAGGCAGC